AUGAAGAGGCAGCUGAGCCGCCUGCUACGAUUAAUAAAGCACUACAUAGCCUCAAGCGCCUGCUCAGUUUCCAGGAGCAUGAGCCAGAUGCCAACUCCAUGGAGCUCACGAUACUCAUGCGCAUGUAAAGAAGCCUCCAGCAGCAGGCAGAGCUCAACAGAAGUCAAGGUACAUCAAAUAGCUGGUUGA